AGUGUCAUCUGUCAAAGUCACUACGUCUCCAAAAAAUAUCGAAAUUCCAGCCGCCCAAGGUCUGAAAAAACAAGUUUUAUUUUUAAAUUCGUUACUCAUCCAUUAAUAGUACACGUAGCUUUAAAAUAUCUUGCUAUUUCGAGCGUACCCUACCCGGUAUUUCAAAUUAAGACGAGCGAGGGCCGCGACUGUUAUAAUUAUUCCAUUGUCGAGUAUUAAAAAAAAAAAAACACCAUCAAAGAUGAGCAUCCAGUGGACUUUAAUCGCCGGCUUCUUGUACACGGAAAUUGCCGUGGUACUGCUCUUGGUACUGCCCGUCGCUAGUGCCAGAAGAUGGAACAACAUUUUCAAGUCCAGGUUUUUGCAAGCACUUCAAAGGCAAGCUGGAAUGUACUUCUUAAUACUGCUGGGUAUUCUUGUAUUAUUCCUCCUUGACGCCAUCAGGGAAAUGAGAAAAUAUUCAAAUCUAGAACAAGAUGGUGGCCAUGCCCAUUUAGACAGGGAAAUGCAGGGCAGCAUGAGACUUUUUAGAGCACAAAGGAACUUUUAUAUUUCCGGAUUUUCACUGUUCCUUGCACUGGUUAUUAGGCGUCUUGUAAUCCUUAUUUCCACCCAGGCUGGUCUAGAAGCUCAAUCUGCUGCCUCUUUGGCUCAAGCCCAAAGUGCCACCACUGCUGCCCGGAGUCUUUUGGCCCAAAAAAGUGGUGAAGCGCAACAGAACGAUACCAAUGAAGCACAUGAUAAGGAGAUUAAUCAGUUGAAAAAGGUGAUCGAGGAUAUGAAAGAAGAGCUUGCUCUAGAGAAGAAGGAUAAGCAAGCUGUUAAGACUCAGGCUGACAAUUUGGCUAAGGAAUAUGAUAGGUUGGCCGAGGAGAACAUAAAAUUGAGCAAGAAACUUAACAUUGGGGCAGGCGAUGAUAAAAAAGAUGAGUAGGUCUUAUUGUGUUUUCGAAGAGUGUUUGAAUAUUUUUAUAAUCUUUGUUGUUUAUGCCUGGAAUAUUAUUUUCUUAAUAUAAGGGUGGAAAAACUAAUAUGUAAAGGCUGAAUUUCUUCUUUAAUUCUUAGGUAUGGGUGAGAUUGUUAAUUUUAUGGGUAAAGUUAAUUGGUCUGAGAGUACUAUAAUGUUAUAAUCGUUGCACAUUAAUAAUGUAGGUUAAAUUAUUAUUAAUUAAGCCACUAUGUAUGAUCAAAUAAAAAAAAACAGUUUUUUUAA